AUGGUCACGAAGUGGCAGGAGCGUGGGACGUGCGGUUUGCCGUUCCUGAAGAAGGUUCUUCCGGAACGGAUUGAUAUUUAUUUAUUUGGAGAAAAAUCCGUCGGAGUUGUCGUGAGUAUGCCUGAACAAAAUGCGCAAGCGCGUCAACGAGAAACCGGAGUCCACGUCCUUAUCAGUCAAAUCUCCAACAAACGGAUAGCCUUUGCCUUAUGGGUUAUUCGGUUGGUCACCGUCGUCCUCACGCUUGGGUUCUUCAUACCUCUGUGGGGUUCGCAGUUCAGUCUCUAUUAUAAGAUACUGAUGGCGAAUGCGGCUACUUCGGCAUUACGACUGCACCAAAGGGUUCCGAACUUCAGGUUCGACCGUGGAUACUUCAUCGAUGUUGUGAAGGAGGAUUCUUUUCAUUAUUUGUGUUAUUCGCUGAUUUUUAUCUUCUGUGCCCCCCUCACCUUGGUCACUCUACCCGUGUUCCUCUUCGCCGUGUCGCAUUUUGCUAGCUAUUCAUUGGAGCUGCUGGACUGCAUCGGAGCAAACUCGAUUUGGCCGGCAAGAAUGAUGAUUUCCUUGGUUGAAUUGCAGUCUGCCAAUAUUUUGCGUUUGGUGGCCUUCUCCGAAAUACUGCUCAUGCCCAUGGUUGUUAUGUUGACCUUCAGAGGUGCGGCUACACUCGUCACUCCGUUUUUGUUCUAUCGCUUCCUCGGACAGCGAUACUCAUCAGAGAGGAAUCCUUAUUCCAGAACUAUUUUUCACGAACUUCGCUUAAGUUUGGAGCUAUUGGUUGGAAAGGCGGCGUGUCCUGCGGUUAUUCGCCAACGUUCCACGAUCGUGAGAUAUAUUAUGAACGCAGUUUCUGUGAAUAGCGCAGAUUGUUUGCAGUCGAAAGCGUGGACCUGCCCACAAUGCACGUUGGAAAAUAAAGAAGCUGUGUCGAAAUGUGACGCUUGCUGUAGUCCCCGCGUCGAAGAAAGCAAAUCGGUUUCUGAAAGUGGUGGGAUUGGAGCAUCUCUGAAAAGAUUCGUGGAAGGUAGACUACAACGUGAAAGUAGAGCUACAAUACGAUCAGUCAGCUCUUCGUCCGUCCCAGAAUUGAUCGUAUCCGUGGAACAGCCUAAGACAAAUGAAGUUUCGGGUCUACGCGACAAGCAUUGGUUCUGUGACUCAUGUACAUGCAAGAAUCAUGCGUCUUCAUUGGUGUGUAACGUUUGUUCAAAACCGCGUUUCGGAGCGAUUGAUUCCUGGGUGUGUGCUUAUUGCACGUUGGUGAACGCGAAAAGUGCCACGAAAUGCCGUGCUUGUCAACAUCGUCGGAACAACGAAGCUCUAAGUGGCCAGCUGAUAUCUCCGGAUUCCGCCUGGGCUUGUGCUGCUUGCACAUACCGAAACAACGAGUCGAAAUCAGCCUGUGAUAUGUGUAAAAGUUUUAGAGGUUCCCGGUCAUCUCGCCCUUUUUCUGGUGAAACGUUGAAAUUGAAGUUUAUGUCUAUCGACGAUCUCCGUUCUGUUCAAGAGAAGGAAUGUAGGAAGCAAUGGACAGAUAUUGUCGCGUUCAGCAGGCGUUCAAACAUGUGCUCCGCUUCGUCUUUGCAGUACAAAUGCGCAUUUGUGGAUCCAUCAUUUCCGCCUGCACCGAAAUCGCUCUUCUACCAAGGCGAGGCAUCGAAAAAGUUGAACACCGUGACACAAUGGCUUCGUCCGUCCGAAAUUCGAUCAGAAUCUGGAUUUGAGCGUUUGUCGUGGACCGUGUUUCGAUCUCCACUCCCGUCAGACAUUUCCCAGGGCAUCUUGGGGAAUUGCUGGCUUCUUAGCGCCCUGGCUGUACUCGCUGAAAAAGAAGAUCUCAUCCGUCACGUUCUUGUCACCGAUGAGUACUGCCAGGAAGGCGCUUAUCAAAUUCGUUUAUGUAUCAGUGGGAAAUGGACGACGAUUCUAGUGGAUGAUCUCCUGCCCUGCAACAAGUACGGUCAACUAGUCUAUUCACAAGCCAAGCGUCGACAAUUAUGGGUACCUCUGAUUGAGAAAGCCGUGGCAAAGGCGCACGGCUGCUAUGAAGCGUUGAUUUCCGGAAGAGCCCUCGAAGGACUUUCUACUCUUACAGGGGCACCGUGUGAAUCCAUCCCUCUUCAAAAAAGGAAUCAAAGUUAUGGUUCGUCGAGUGCUGUUAUUCAGUGUUCGGGGGAAAACGAUGAAGAAAUUAUUGAUCCUAACGUUAUCUGGGCACAGCUAGUCUCUUGUCGGGAAGCCGGCUUUCUAAUGGGGGCUUCGUGCGGGAGUGGAAAUAUGACUGUGGACCCGAAAGAAUUUGAAAGGAUGGGUUUGACUCCACGACAUGCCUACAGCAUUUUGGAUGUGAAAAACGUCGAUAGUGCGAGGUUGGUGAAGAUGCGGAAUCCCUGGGGACGAUUCAGUUGGAAAGGGGCGUAUUCUGACUCAUGGUCUGGAUGGACCCCGAAAUUGCGGACUCAGCUUUUGCCGCAUGUGGCUUCUGAUGGUGUCUUUUGGAUUCCGUUUGACGACGUGAUGAAGUACUUUGAUUCCGUAGACGUUUGCAAGGUGAAACCUGCCUGGAAGGAAGUUCGGUUGGAAGGCCAUUUGCCUUCGCGAAGCGUCAGCUGCGAUUACCUGACUUGUGCCGUGGUGACUGUUGUGGAAUCUACUGAAAUCGACAUCACGUUAUUUCAAGCUGGGCAGAGGAAUUCGUCAAAAUCUGCGAGGAAGCUGCUUGAUAUUUGCUCACUGAUUUUGGAAAGCUCAAAUGGGCCCAGAUAUUCUUCAAGAAUUGGUAAGCUUGUUGGAAGAAGUCGACGUCAGGUGCAGUUAGCUGUUGGUACAAAUAUCUUCGUCGGGCCAGGAGUAUACGUGAUCGCCCCCGUUGCGUUCAACCACUUCAAUUCAUCUGGAUGCUCGUCCCAAGAAAAGGAAUACCCUGCGUAUGUACUAGCAAUCCAUAGUAUGAAGAGCUUGCUCGUUGAGCAGACACGGGCACCUCCGUUCUAUCAUGCCGAUGUCCUUAUAUCUCUUUGUGUUGCCAGGGCACAGCGAUACGAGGGAAGGGAUGGAAUGACAAUUUAUUAUCUCACCAAAGACUGGUCCGGACUGAUCGUGAUGGUGGAGAAUAGGUGCAACGAUCGUUACAUGCACGUGUGCUGUGAUUGCUCUCAAAGCUUCAAUGUUGUCUCCAGUCGAGGUGACGUGAAAACAGAAGAUACUGUGCCACCAUUGCAUCGUCAGGUGAUCCUUGUUCUGAGUCAUUUGGAAGUUUUGCAAGUUGAAGUCGAUGUUGCAUACCCGAAGAAGUCACGAUCCUGCACAGACAUUCUAUGCCUGUUGCUUUUUGUGUGCUUCCUGGGAGGAUGGGUUGCAGUCGGUUUUAUAGCCUUGAAGCAUGGAAACCCGGACAGUUUAGUCAUGCCGACAGACUCUCGGGGCAUGAUAUGCGGAAAGGAUGAAGAUGUCAAGAGUAAACCGUACCUUUUCUUUUUUGACUUGACUGAAUGUGCCAAGCCCAGCGUGCUGGUAACUGGAUGUCCGACCCCGCAAGUUUGUGUUGAGCAGUGUCCGCAAAAAAACAUUUUCAUUUCGGACUACGCGAAUCAGAAAGAUGACCUCAUUUGCAUUCCCGGAGUCAAUCCAGCGAAUUCAACGUCGGAGGUUCUCAGGGACAAUUGUGCAGCGUAUUAUCUACAAAGCAUACAUGGUAAGGAUCUGCCGUUUGUUUCUGUGUGCCCGAAUGUUCUUAGCGAGACGAGUGGAGUUACUUUCAACUGGGAUCUAGUUGGUGGGCGUUGUUUACCGGACUUCACCUUUCAAUCUUUGGGAGAUGUCCUUGAUAAUCUUGGGUUGGCUGAUAUUGGGCUGAAACCUGAUUCAUUUCUGGACGCCAUCGGCUUCUUGAAGCUGAUUGAAGAAAUCCGAGAGGUCGGCCAACGCAUUUUUGAAGACCUGCGGACGACCUGGUGGGCAAUCCUGAUCGGUUUGCUUUUCGGGGCGGCCGUUGCGUUUGUUUGGAUUGUUUUGAUGCGAUUCGUUGCCGCUGUUAUGGUUUAUGCAUCAAUCUUUGGCGUACUUGGCAUAUUUUCUUAUGGGCUGUAUUUCAGUAUUGACAAGUAUAUAGAACUGAAAAGUCAUCCUGGUUCUUCUGCGUCCUUGACGGACAUUGGAUUCACUUUGCAGCUGGAUGUGUAUCUUCAUUUGCGAGACACUUGGCUGACUUUUGCUGUUAUCAUUGGAAUAUUUUUGGUGAUCACCCUGUUGAUCUUCAUUUUCCUUCGAAGUCGGAUUGCGAUAGCUGUUGAACUUAUCCGAGAGGGUUCGAAAGCAGUUUCAGCUGUGACGGCGACCCUUCUGUACCCAGCUUUUACGUUUUUGGUUCAGAUCAUCCUCUUUGCGCUUUUCCUCGGCAUAGCUGUUUAUUUGGCGUCUGUGGGAAAAUCGAGCUUUCGAGUCGUUGGGUUAGACGAUCCAUCUGAUCCCAACUGCAACCAAAAUUGCAAUGGUUAUUCGACGAACUCCACCUGUCUUCCUAAAACGUUCAACUGUGCUUGUCCGAAUUCGUUGACAAACAAGCCGCAAUGCAUUUUCUACUCGUAUGAGGACGAGUAUGGACUAUCGAAACUGCAGAUAUACAACAUAUUUGCUUUCCUGUGGACCACGUUUUUCAUCACGGCCUUCGGUGAGCUUGUUUUGGCCGGAGCGUUUGCAACUUGGUAUUGGACGGUUGACAAGUCCAAAGGCGUUCCUGCUCUCACAUUAUUACAUUCCUUCGGGAGAGGUUUCAGGUAUCAUUUGGGAACCGUGGCCUUUGGAUCGCUUAUAAUUGCAAUAGUCCGCGGUAUUCGCCUAAUCCUGGAGUACAUGGACCGAAAGUUGAAGGAAUUCAAAGAUAAUGCCGUUGCAAAAUGUCUCAUGUGUUGCUGCAAAUGCUUUUUUUGGUGCUUGGAAAAAUUCCUCCGCUUCGUGAAUCGUAACGCGUAUGUUAUCACGGCCAUUCACGGGAAAUCUUUUUGUCCGGCUGCGAGAACGGCGUUUUUCUUGCUCAUGAGAAACUUGGCGAGAGUCGUUGUUCUUGACAAGGUUACUGAUUUCCUGCUCUUCAUUGGAAAAAUGGUGGUCGUGGGAGCAGUUGGACUAGCAGCGUUCGCUGUUUUCUCUCGAAAAGUGCCGAUAGACUUCUUGGCAACUAAUGUACCUGAAACGAAUUACUACGCAGUCCCGGUGAUUUUCGUCACCAUUGGAACUUAUUUUGUCGCAAGUUCCUUCUUCUCGGUGUACGAAAUGGCUAUCGACACUAUGUUCCUUUGCUUUCUGGAGGACAGUGAAAAAAAUGACGGGUCCGUUGAGAAGCCGUAUCUGAUGUCAAAGUCAUUGAUGAAAGUGCUUGGCAAGAAAAAUCAUCGAUACGAGGACAAGGAGUGAUCGGGAUUUUUUGAUCAAAGCCGCCAAUGCAGAGCUUCUGCUCCCAAGCAGCGAUCCCGUCUUGUUCGCAAAAAAUAUUUGGCAAGAUCAUAUGGAUUCUACAAGUAAUGUGUUUUGACUGAGGCCUGUGUAGGCGAUGAGCAUUCGACCAUUGUCCAGAUCUCGAGGAAUCGAUGCAAAUGAUGUGCAACGCUUUAGCCAUUUAGAAAAAAAAGCAUUGUGAUGGAAGCGAGUUCGAUAAACUGGGGACCUGUAGCUUUUAAAUGUUCAUGGUCAGGAUGUUAGCGCACGUUUCGUUUAUUCGUUUUAAUUUUUUUGGAAGCUGGUCUGCGCUAUGCAAUACUGUUCUUCAUUAUUUUUAUAUGUUUAGAAGCAUUCUUCCUCUUCCGCCGCAAGAACGGCACAUACGGGGAGACUAUUUUUCUGCGCAUAGAAAACUUGGGGAUUUUUUAAAUUUUAUUUUUUGCAUUUUCGGAGCUAUGAUUUUGUGUGAAUACGAUGAGUGAUGUGAUGGUACAAUGUAAUGCUGUAUUUGCGACGUGAAUUUUCCGUCUUCGAUCAAGCAGUUUCUCAGUGAUAGGACACGAGUGUAAAUUUUUUCAUGACGUCUCCAUAGUGUUUAGUGAUCGUUCUUUGAGGCAGAAAUUCUAUAUGGACGUGAAUGUCGAAAUUCUGUGCGGCAAUUAAAACAUGUAUGUGAAGUGAG